AUGACUGAACAGCGUACUGUUACAAAUAAUGCUACCCAUUAUUUCUAUCCUACAGUCCUACUAUUUUCUAUAUUAUUGACUGGUGGUGUUUUAACUGCUACUUCUUUUUACAAUAAGCACCUUAGACAGUAUAAAUCUGCCAAAGAUAUACCGGAAGCGAUAUUCAAGAAGCAAUGGCUAUAUGGUAAAGUAACAUCUGUGGGAGAUGGUGAUAAUUUCCAUUUCUUUCAUACUCCAAGCGGUAUUUUUGGCGGCUGGGGAUGGUUAAGGUCCAUUCCUGAGUUACAAACAGUAGCGUUCGACGCUUCUGUUGAAGUACCACAAUCAGUUCGUUGGUGGAACAAACUAUUCAGUGCCAAAGUAGCUAACUAUAAGAGUCAUUUCAUGAGUUUACAUGUGCCAUAUAAGGGCAGAAGAAAUCUUCCUACCAUUUCUGUUCGUUUAUGUGGUGUGGAUGCUCCAGAAAGAUCGCAUUUCGGAAAAACAGCUCAGCCUUUUAGUGAUGAGGCACUAAACUGGCUAAGGUACAAGAUUUUGGGACAGUACGUCUGGGUUAAGCCAUUGGCCGUUGACCAAUACGGCAGAUGUGUUGCACGGGUUGAAUUGUGGUCCUGGUUGAAGGGAUGGCAGAAUAUUAGUAUUGAAAUGCUAAAAGAGGGAGUAGGCGUUGUUUAUGAGGGAAAAGUUGGCGCUGAAUUUGAUAACCAAGAGGAUAUUUACUUAUAUGAGGAGUUAAACUCAAAGAAGGCAAAACGUGGAUUGUGGUCACAGCGGAAAUUUGAAACUCCCGGUGCAUAUAAAAAACGCACUUGA